CGCCGAGGCGGCGGUCGGGGCGGCGGAGGCGGAGGCGGCCGGCCAGGGAGGAGAAACAUACAUCCUCAGCUUCACCAGAUAUAAAAUGGAAAAUGCAGUGGUUCAUGAAGCAGCUAAAUCAGCCACGACUUGCAUUAAAGGAAGAUAAGAUGCUCCAAGUCACUUGCAGCUCUCUGCAAAAGGAAAAUCACUAGUGCUCUGCUCUUGCCAUAAUACCAAACCUUUUGACUUAUGCAUUGGUGCUGCAACACACUGGAAGAAUUGCACACAGGUUCCAGGAAUACCUUCCCCCACCCCCCCCCCGUUUGAGUGAUUCUUCAUUGGAUGGAAAAAGAUUUGAGUCUUAAUAAUUACCCUGUUUUAAGCCUGUUCUCUAUAGUCUGAACUGCUUAAUAAAUUAGGCCACUUACUAAUGAGCCACACAGCCAGUUCUUGUCAGGAGCUGGUUGAAAACCGUGCUGUGCACAUAGCAGGAAUGGCACAAGAAGAUAGCCGUCGUGGUCAAGUGCCAUCUUCCUUUUAUCAUGGUGCCAACCAAGAACUCGACCUGUCCACCAAAGUGUACAAAAGGGAAUCAGGAAGUCCUUAUUCUGUGUUAGUGGACACCAAGAUGAGCAAGCCACAUCUCCAUGAAACAGAGGAGCAGCCGUAUUUCAGGGAGACAAGAGCAGUGUCUGACGUGCACGGUGUUAAAGAAGACCGAGAGAAUUCUGAUGACACAGAAGAGGAGGAGGAGGAGGAAGUCUCCUACAAAAGGGAGCAGAUCAUAGUGGAGGUAAACCUUAAUAAUCAAACGUUAAAUGUGUCUAAAGGGGAAAAGGGUGUCUCUUCUCAGUCCAAAGAGACUCCUGUUCUUAAGACAAGCAGUGAGGAGGAAGAGGAAGAGAGUGAGGAAGAGGCCACGGAUGACAGCAAUGACUAUGGAGAGAAUGAAAGGCAGAAGAAAAAGGAGAAGACGGUGGAGAAGGUCAGCGUUACACAGAGGAGAACCAGGAGAGCUACCUCUGUUGCCGCAGCUGCCACUUCCCCUUCUCCCAGAGCUACGAGAGGUCGUAGGAAGAGUGUAGAGCCACCUAAGCGUAAGAAGCGGGCCACAAAGGAGCCCAAAGCACCAGUCCAGAAAGCUAAGUGUGAAGAGAAAGAGACUCUGACCUGUGAGAAGUGCCCCAGGGUGUUUAAUACUCGCUGGUACCUGGAGAAGCACAUGAACGUUACUCAUAGGCGCAUGCAGAUUUGUGAUAAGUGUGGCAAGAAGUUUGUCCUGGAAAGUGAGCUGUCCCUUCACCAGCAAACAGACUGUGAAAAAAAUAUUCAGUGUGUUUCCUGUAAUAAAUCGUUCAAGAAACUCUGGUCCCUUCAUGAACAUAUCAAGAUUGUCCAUGGAUAUGCAGAAAAGAAAUUUUCCUGUGAAAUUUGUGAGAAGAAAUUCUAUACCAUGGCUCAUGUACGGAAACAUAUGGUUGCACACACAAAAGAUAUGCCAUUUACCUGUGAAACCUGUGGAAAGUCAUUCAAACGCAGUAUGUCCCUCAAGGUGCACUCCUUGCAGCACUCUGGAGAGAAGCCCUUCAGAUGUGAGAACUGUGACGAAAGGUUUCAGUACAAGUACCAGCUCCGCUCCCACAUGAGCAUCCACAUCGGGCACAAGCAGUUCAUGUGCCAGUGGUGCGGCAAGGACUUCAACAUGAAGCAGUACUUCGACGAGCACAUGAAAACACACACUGGAGAGAAACCCUUUAUCUGUGAAAUCUGUGGCAAAAGCUUCACCAGCCGCCCCAACAUGAAGAGGCACCGUAGGACUCACACAGGCGAGAAGCCCUACCCGUGUGACGUGUGCGGCCAGCGGUUCCGCUUCUCCAACAUGCUUAAGGCCCACAAGGAGAAGUGCUUCCGGGUGACCAGCCCCGUGAACGUGCCGCCUGCUGUCCAGAUCCCACUCACAACCUCCCCAGCCACCCCAGUUCCUUCUGCGGUGAACACCCCCACGACCCCCGCCCCUCCCGCCAGUAUGAACCCUGUCGGCACUCUGCCCCCCCGGCCCAUCCCGCACCCCUUCUCACACCUUCACAUCCACGCUCACCCUCACCACCCACACCACCUGCCCAUUCCCCCCGUCCCUCACCUCCCCCCGCCUCCAGCUCUCUUUAAGAGUGAGCCUUUAAAUAACAGAGGCCAGGGUGAGGACACGUUUCUGCGGCACCUGGCAGAGAAGAGCAGUGCAGCACAGCAUCACUAACAUCCAUCUCCUUAAGUGUGUUCUCCACGAGUCACGUGCCCCGGUGUGAGCUUGCAGAGAGGGGGUUGGUGAGCAUUUCUGUAGCUGUCAGACUCUCAGCCUCCACCAGGAGCUUUGUCAUUGUCUUGGUGAAUCAGCACAUCCGAGGGAGUGAACGAGAAGACCUUGAGCUCACGGAGGGAACUGUCAUCUAAACCAGGGAACCACCGAAGUAAAGCCCAAUUUGCUUGCAUUUUCUGGUGACUUUUAUAAAUUUCAAAUACUCAGACUUGUGGAAUUUUAUAAUUUCAUAUCAGCUGAUGAGGUAUGCUUGCUUUUAUAUCCUGGACUUCUCCUCAAAGAGGGGACAGGCCUGGUUUCCUUUGUACUAAUCGGGAAGGCUGUGAGAUUAAUCCAGAGCAUUAAUUGUAUCACUGUGUAUCGUAAAAAAUUAUUUUCAGCUUUUGGUGCUGGCUUCAGAGUUGAGCUAGCUGUGUUUCACAGUAUAUCAAGCAUUAUAGAGAAAGACAGAAAUUUUCUUCUUUGUGUAGCUCUCCUAAUGCACUCUUUAUUUUACUACAGAAAUUAUUUUAGAGUUUUUGUAUAGACUUCUUUAGUAGUCUGUUUCUAAAAUGAAAUGUAUUUCAAUAAGCGGUGUAAUUUUUUCAGUGUAGCUGGACCUAUGUUGUAAAAUAGAAAAAAUUUUUAUAAUCAUCAAAAUGUGAUUCUUAAAGAUGCAUAUAACUUCUAUAGUUCAAAGUUAUUCUUACAUCCGUACAACUCAAAGGUGCUUCAGAAAGUAGAUAUAUCUCAGAGGGUCUCCAGACCAAGUUACUGCAAAAAAUGAGGUUUUGCUUUCAGAACUUGACGUAAGUCCUUGGUAGUUUUUUAAUCUCUGCUUAACACUUGGGGGGGUCUGUUAGGCUUAUGGACAUGCUCUGUCCUCCAUGUUCUGUUUGGUUCAGUUAGUGUGUUAAAUGGAAUGAUUUGCAGGGGGUUGAGCCUUUUCCAGGGAAGUCACCUGAAGCUGGCCUGUUUUGAAAAUCUGAGUCAAGCUGUAUACCAUCAAGAGGAGGAAGUUGGGGAGGCUGUUUGAGCUCAGUCACGUCUCACUUCCCUCAGAACUGUGUUCAGAUUCAACCUUGGUGGGAUGACAGAUUGAAGUCUCCUGCCACACUGCUCAUUUUGAGGUUGCUUUGUUUUUCUAGAAUUGUUGUGGAAAGAUAAAAUAGUACAUUAAAAUCAAAACAUGAUGUUGCUGAUAGUGGCUGAGAAAUUUGGAUAAGAACACAAAUGGGUUAUGACUUUUAAAAUGUCUCUUGUAUCAGUGGAUAUAGUCACAACCUCAAGCUGUUCAACACAGUUAAAAUUGCAGUGAGGGAAAGAAAGUGACAUUUUGCCGCCCUGUCCUCUGCAAGUAAUUACCUGGUAGCAGUCUUCUUGGUGAUAAGAAGAGCCAGUCUCUAAUUUGGGGCAGGUUUGGAAGCGUUUGGGUAACUUAUAAAGAGCAUGGUCAAUCGGGGGUUCAUUAUAGGAAAGGUUGAGAAGAAGGGCUAGCAGAUUAUUUUUAACUGAUCACAUUUAUCCAGACUCAGUAUAGCUAAAAGUUUUGUAAUUUUUCAUGUCAGUGAACUGAGUUCCAGUGCGAAGUCUACUUUCUCUCUCUCUUCCUUCCUCAGUUUUUUUAAUCUUGAAAUUUCUUCAUUUUUCUUUCCUCGGGCUUUUAAAUCUUUGCGUGACUCAGAACCCUGACUUUUAUUUAUUUUUUAUUUUUAAUAUUAAGUGUGCAGAAAUAUUUGCAGCACUUUUCUGGCUUAUUAGCUCGGAAAAACUGUGGUAGGAAAAACUGGAACUCUCCAUUGAGGUUAAGUCCCUAUUUUUAAAAUACUGCAUUCUCUGCUAGCUUUUUGGUUUAAUACUUCCAAAUUUUUUCUUUCUGAUUAUCGCCUUUGUCUUCUAUAGUGAGCAUAGCAAAAUUUGGAAGUGAGGCAAGAAAGUACCUUCAAUAUCAUACUUUUCUCCCUAUUUUUGGAUGUAACUUCUAAAGAAUGCUGUUUUAAAUGUUUGUAUACAUUCUUUGAACACUCAAGUACCCAAACCAAUAAGAAAAGCUAAUUCUUUAUUUAUGACUGCUCUAUCUUUAGUGGCUGCCUCCCCUUACUUCCACAAUUUCCAUUCCAUGACAAGUUUGUGGGUAUACACCUUUGUGUGGACAUACCAUUUUUUCAUGCCCAAGCUUAUAAUAUUAAAAUGAUUUUUAAGAUGUAAAUUGAGCUUAAUUAAUUGGUUAUACCUUAUUUUAUUCUAAAUAAAUUUACAGUAUUGGGCUGCAGUUCUGAAUUCUAACUGGAGACUUACAGAAUCAACCAUUUUAUGAGGUGUACUAUAAACUACACACUGGAAAAUUCAGGUAGUCAUAUUUCUUUUUUCAUUCAAGUGAAUAUAGCCAUAAGAAAAUAUCUGCUAUGUAGGAAAACCAAUACUAAGCAGAAAAAUCACUACCACCCUUAAUGGAAGCCAAAAAAAAAAGAUUUUAAAAAAUCAGCAUUGUCACACAGUUCUUAGUGAAAUGUAUUAUGGAACAACCUGGAAACUUUUCCCCUAGUUAAGUAUACCUUCCCUGAUUUGGGGUUUGUGGUCUUCAGGAAAACUGCUCGGAGCAUAUUGGCUGUUCAUCAGUGUCAGAUUACGUAUACCUAAUGAAAUGCAUUGAGAAUAUUCAUAACAGUGUUUCUGAAUAGAACUGCAGGAUGAAGCCUUAAACAUUUAUGUGCAUCAGGUUUAACACGCUUAAGACUCAAACUCAGGGUUAAAAAUUUGAUUGGGAUCCUUUACUAAGAUAAAAGUUGUGUUGUGUGGUGUGUUCCCUCCCACCUAUAGUACAGCACCCUGUGACUUCUUCAGAAAUUAUUACCUAUUUGUUAUCUGUUUAUGAAAAAAAGAACUCUGGAGGAAUUUGAGUUCUCAGCCCUUAUCUGUACUUAAAUUUUAAAGACAACAAAGGCCACAUUUCAGCAUUAAUAUAGAUAUCAAAUUGAGGCUGUUUUUCAUGACUUAAAUUUUACUGUCUUCAAAGGCUUGUACCAUUGCUAGAAUUAAGACUUACUUAGAAAUUCCCAAUUUGAGUUGAUAAUUGCUUUUUAAUUUACUUUUUACAUUUUUUCUAUUCUUUCGCGUAGAUUUGUCAUUCAAAUAUAAACUCUUCCUUAGCCUUAAUGAAAGGCUGCUUGUUGCUUUCUCAGAUUGAGAGGGGCAGGCUUAUACAGAGUUAGAUUUUUUACAUUUGAAUGAGGAAAAUAAGAUGAGCAGUUUAAAGCAUGUGGCUUCCUUUCCAUGCAUAUUUGUGAUUUGAUUCCUGUUUUUAGCAGGCAGGGAAGUCUCCACAUAAAACUUCACUACAUAGUUCACAGUAGCCUUUACAAAUCAGUUACAUAUACUUUUACAGUCUACCAUUUACAUUUUCUGUUCUAAAUUAAUGACAGCAUGGACAUUACCAUAGUCAUACCAUCUUUCUUAAACCAACAUUGAUUGGAAGAACAUUUUCAUUGUGGUUAGAAUGUUCCCUGUAUACACUCUAUAUGUAUGGUUGAUUGUCCCUUGUAUUCUAAAGGCAAAAUACUCUGAAGAGAUGCUUGUAAACUUUUUUUUAUUUUCUAUUUCUUGACUUUUUUUUUCUUUCAGUUUUUAUGUUUGUUGAAUGGAUAUGCUUGUUUAGUUUAAUUUUUAUUUCACUGGAAAUUUUAAGAAAAUCAAGCAGAAACAGAAAUUCAUUGCAGAUGUGUGUGUAUAUAUAUAUAUGUGUGUGUCUGUGUGUGUAUUUACCACAUCUUGAAGAUUUCAGUUAGUGAAAUACAGAAUGGUGGGUGGGACUUUAAUGUCUGAAAAAAGAGAGAAAAACUAAAGUUAGAGAAACCUUUCUGUUUGAGCUACUGUAUAGAAGAGACAACUUUUAUUAUUAUGUUGCUGACCAACAUGAUGAACAUUUUGAUGCUAUUCCAGAUGGUAUGGGAAAUAUUUGAUGAAAAAGGGAUAAAUUACAUUUAGGAAUUUUAUGAACUAUGUCCCAUUACAAAAAUCAACUCACUUGGAUUUCUUCAGACUAUUAAAAUUGAGCAAGUAAAUAUUGGGUUUUAAUUUUCCUUUGCCUGAACCAAGAUAGGAAAUUUCCCAAAAGAUCUUUCUUUCUUUCUUUUUUUUCAGGAAUGAAAGGUCAGCCAUUAAGAGAUACUGGCAUUAUUAUGUACUAGCAACACCCUAGCUAACCUGCUUCUGUCAUCUGUAGCAUUUGUGACAAGUAACAAUGACCUUCCAACCCUGGACACUACCUCGAUAAAGCAAACCAGAGAUCCUCUCUAGACUUUCUAUGGAAGCCAUAAAAGUUGCCAUCAAGAUAUCUACUUUCAUAGUUCUGUACUUUUAUACUCUCUGGACUUUUUAUAGACUUUGUGAUCAGAUCUUUUUGUCUUAGAGGAUAGGUUUUGCAAUAUUCAAAGGAAAAUCACACUCCUUGAUUGUCCCAGCUUUGAAGCUGUAACUCAGUACUUUUGUUUAAAGAAUUAGAUAGUAUACCAUUUAUCAUUUGCAGAAUUGCAUAUCCAGAAAACAAACUUCUCUUCCUUAUCCCCUAAGUAGAAGCUAUACUAUUGUCAGAAACUACUUACAAAGUGGAUUUCAACCUUGUUAGACUCUGUGUAUAACUUGGUAAUAUAUGUAUUGUCACAGUGCUCCUGGAGUUGUUUUCAGUCUUCUUACGACAGAUUAGUGAGUGUCCAUCUCUCUAAUCUCUCUCACUGCCGCUUCAGUCCCUCUCACUCUGUUCUCGAGUGCCUUCAAAAAGCCAGCAUCCUGGAACAUUCUUUUCCUGAUCUGAAUCCUACCUCUGAUUAUUUCAUCCUCCACGACUAUUGGAACGCACCUAUAUUCCAGUUGAUUUGUCUCUACCAGCUUGCUGAAACCUUGGGUGUGAAUUUUUUAUGCAUUUCUGUUUUGUUCCCCCAUUUAGAUUACACUUUAAACUUUUAUUUAUAUCUUGUUUCUCCAUGUAUUACAUCUCUAGUGAUGAAAUAUUUUAUCCUUAUCUUACUCCUCAUGUGUUUUUCACCAGAAACUAGAUGUUCCUUUCAAAUUAAAGGUCAUUAAGUAUCUCUUCCGAACAUCUUUUUCUCAUCUUAGUCUUCCUGAAUGCCUCCCCUUUCUGAGUAAGGGAUCAUGAAUGCUGCUUUUGCUAUGCCCUCUUUCUAUGUGCUCGCUCUCUUCUAGAAACAUUUUGCAAGGUUGUACUCAUAAUUUUAUUUUAGUCUAAUUUCAAAUUGCUCUCUGGGUUUAUCAGAAGUCCCUUACUGAUUUUUGAUCUGCCUCUUAUCGUAUCCCUCAAAAACUUCCAGUUACUUUCUCUUCUACUGUUCUCAUCUAAUUAAUUUUUAAAAUAUUAUUGAUACAUAAUAUAUGAAGGACGUAAUAAGAAGGAGGUUUCUUUGUAUUCUCCAUGUGAUAUGAGCACCUUAUUGAUAAAAACAUUUUUAGUCAUUGGCUCACCUUUCACGGUCAACACUGUAGUUUGUGCUGUGUACAGGUCUCUUGCUCCCUUUCAGUUCUCCUCCGAAACUGAAAACAAAUUCAAUUCUUUCAAAUAAGGAAAUUAGAUUGCUUUUUUUUUUUUUUUUU